GUGUGUGUGUUUACAGCCAGGGACACACAUGCAGCCAGGCAGUGGAUGUGCCCCAUGUCACUGUAACUCGUUCGGCUCUAAGUCGUUCGACUGCAGUGACAGCGGUCAGUGUCGCUGUCAGCCCGGAGUCACGGGGCAGAAGUGUGACCGCUGCGCUCCCGGUCACUUUAACUUCCAGGAAGGAGGCUGCACACCAUGUGAGUGUUCUCAUGUGGGGAAUAACUGUGACCCGGGUACAGGACGCUGUGUCUGUCCUCCCAACACUGUGGGAGAUCGAUGUGAGAAAUGUGCCCCUAAUCACUGGGGUCAUGACAUCGCCACUGGCUGCAAGUCAUGUGGCUGUAACAUGAUGGGCGCAGUCACUCAGCAGUGUAACAUGAACACAGGAUGCUGUUUUUGUCGGGAUCAGUUCACGGGUGAGAAGUGUAACGAGUGUAAGCUCGGGUACAGGAACUUCCCGCACUGCGUUUCCUGUGACUGCUCACUCUCUGGAUCCAAUGCUGAGACCUGCAACCCUGAAGAGGGCAUGUGUGCAUGUGCUGAGAGGACAGGACAGUGCUCCUGCAGGCGGAAUGUAGAGGGUCUGAGGUGUGAGGUGUGUAAGGUCGGGACGUUCGGGCUCAGUGUGAGGAAUCCUCUCGGCUGCAGUCGCUGUUACUGCUUCGGCCUGAGCACGAGCUGCACCGAGGCCCAGGGACUGAUCCGCAUGAGGCUGACUCUGAUGCCCGAGCAGACGGUGCUGCCCCUUGUGGACAAAGACAACACCAAAGAGAUCACAUUUGGGGUAACGUUCCAAUAUCCUGAAAUCAUUGCGAAUGCUGAGGUGACCGGGCAGGAGCUCAGCGAGCCGUACUUCUGGAAGCUCCCCAAACAGUUCAGAGGCUCCAUGAUAACUGCAUACGGAGGGAAACUGAAGUACACCAUUUAUUAUGAAGCUCGUGAUGAAACAGGCCACGCCUCCUACGAGCCUCAGGUCGUUAUUAGGGGUGGAGCCAACAGGGACAAAGUCAUGGUACGCCACAUGGUGGAGCCGCAGAUCGGUCAGCUGACCCGUCACGAGGUCGACAUGACAGAGCACGAGUGGAAACAGCAGGACAACAAGCCAAUGACCCGAGAAGACUUUAUGGACGUUUUGUUCUACGUCGAGUACGUUUUCAUUAGAGCCUCACACGGAAAUGUCAUGAGACAAAGCAGGAUCUCAGAGAUCUCUCUGGAGGUGGCAGAAGAAGGCCGGCCGUCAGUGGAGAGUGAACGAGCGUAUCAGAUCGAGAAGUGUGAAUGUCCUCAGGGAUACUCUGGCCUCUCCUGUGAGGAGUGUGCAGCUGGGUUCUACAGGUUGUCCUCGCGUGUCUCUGGCUCCAGGUUCAGGUCAGGGAUGGGCAGCUGUGUUGGAUGUGAGUGUAACGGCCACAGCAGCUCCUGUGACCCAGACACCGGCGUCUGUCAGAACUGUCAGCACAACACAGAAGGGGAGAAGUGUGAAAGGUGUUCUUCUGGUUAUUACGGUGUGGUACGCGGCUCAGCUGACGACUGCAAACGCUGCGCUUGUCCUCUCACCAACCCUGAGAAUAAUUUCAGUCUUAUGUGUGUAACGGAAGGUUUUAAUGAUUAUCGCUGUACUGCGUGUCCUGAAGGCUACGAGGGAAAGUACUGUGAGAGGUGUGCGACUGGUUACCAUGGUGACCCGCGGCGACCAGGCGGGCGGUGUGAGGAGUGUGAGUGUGACCUGGUCGGCGCGAUGCCCGUUCCGUGUGACACACACACGGGCGCGUGUCAGUGCCGAUCCGGAGCUACAGGCUUGAAGUGUGACCGCUGCAUGGAGCGGCAUGUGUGUGGACCAGCAGGCAUUGUGUCUUGUGAUGAUGACUGUGCUGGGCUCCUAAUCAGAGACAUGGAUCGGUUGCUAAGAUUGAUUAGCAGUGCAAAUCUGACGCUGCCCCUCCCCCCACCAUACGGUGCUCUCUACCGUGUCGAGAACAUGACCGAUGAGCUCAAGCACAUGCUGUCUCCUCAUCGGGCUCCAGAGAGACUCCUGCAGUUAGCGGACAGUAAUCUUGGCAGCCUGGUCACAGAAAUGGACGAAUUACUGAGCAGGGCCACGAAAGUGUCGGCAGACGGAGAGCAGACGGACACUGAUGCUGAGAGGAGUCACAAACGAGCUGAAGAUCUCGAGCUGUUUGUUAAGAACACACUCCUUGCUGCUGAAGCUCUGCGUGAUAAAGCCCGUGAGCUGAAUGCCACUUUGGGUCGGAGAGACGGCGGAGUGGAAAAGAGUGUGAACGAGAUGCAGGAAGAGAUCAAGGCCAUGAUCGCUGAACUCCGCGCACGCCAACUCACACACCCACACACACACACUGUGCAGGAGGAACUCAGGGCUGCUCAGGAUCUCCUGAUGAAGGUUCAGCGCAGCUUCGUGGCUCCUCACCACGUCUCUGAGGAGCUGCAGCAGGAAGUCAACACCAAACUGCGAGACCACGGAGACAAACUGCACGGAGCUCAGGAGCUGCUGGACGAGGCUCAGAGCAAAACGGGACGAGCUCGAGCACUGAACAGUGACAACCUGCGCAGGCUGGAGGAGCUGCGGAGAAAAAGGAAUGAAAGCAAUAAAAAGAAGAAAGAGACAGAGGGAAUCCUGGAUGAUGGAGAGAAGAUACUGAAUGAAGCUAACGCUCUCUCAGACAACAUGAACCGUGGCAUCGAGGAGAUGGAGGAGAUGGAGCACGAGCUCGAGCCCCUGCAAGAGCAACUCGACUACAAAGUGUCCAAACUGGCAGGAGUCAUGGAGGACGACACGCUGCCCGAACUCCUGCUCAGAGCCGAGAACCACGCUGCACAGCUUAACGACUCCGCCAGCAUACUGGACAGCAUCCUGGCUGAGGCAAAGAACCUCUCCUUCAAUGCCACAGCCGCAUUCAACGCCUACAGCAACAUCAAGAACUACAUCGAAGAGGCAGAUAAAGCAGCCAAACAGGCGAAAGAUACAGCUACAGAGGCUGUGCAGCUGGCCACGAGACCGAAGGGCGCUCUGAAAGAUGAGGCUAAAGGCUCGCUGCAGAAAAGCCAGCGUCUGUGGAACGAGGCUAAGGACCUAGAGAACAUCGUGAAAGAGAAUGGAGAUAAUCUGGGAGUUCAGCAGCUACGUCUCAAAGGCGCUGAUGCCAAGAACAAAGACCUGCUGAAGGGCCUGAACGAAAACCUGGCAAUGCUACGAGCCAUCCCCAACGACACGGCAGCUAAGCUCCAGGCCACCAAGCAGAAGGCAGGCAAAGCUAACGACACGGCGCUCGAGGUUCUGGCUCGGCUCAGAGACAUGAACCAGAACCUGAUGGGUCUGAAUCAGAACUACAGCAAACUGAAGGACGACAUCAACAAAGCCAACAACCUCAUCCGAGACCCCGAGAAAAACACGAUAAUCCACGCAGCCGGUGCUAAAGUGAAGGAUCUGGAGGAUGAAGCCGAGCGGCUGUUGGAGAAGCUGAAGCCGAUUCGAGAGCUGCAGGACAACCUGCGGAAAAACAUCUCUCAGAUUAAAGAGCUCAUUAAUCAGGCUCGCAAACAGGCCAACUCUAUCAAGGUGUCGGUGUCGUCGGGGGGAGACUGUAUCCGCACCUACAGGCCGGACAUUAAGAAAGGACGCUACAACACCAUCAUCCUGAACGUUAAGACGCUCGCCGCGGACAACCUGCUCUUCUACCUCGGCUCGGCCAAAUUUGUGGAUUUUCUGGCGAUUGAGAUGAGAAAGGGCAAGGUGAACUUCCUGUGGGACGUCGGGUCAGGGGUCGGCCGAGUGGAGUAUCCCGACCUCACCAUUAAUGAUGGAAACUGGCACAGGAUCGAAGCCUCGCGUGUGGGACUGAAUGGCAGUAUUUCCGUUCGGCCCCUCGAGGGCCCCAAAGCAGGCAUCGCACCCACCUGGCAUAGUGCCAAGUCACCUGAGAGCUACACAGUGCUGGAUGUGGAUCAGAACGCUUACCUGUUUGUAGGAGGAAUGUUGGGCAGUGUAAAGAAAGCAGAUGCAGUGAAGACUAUCACCUUCUCCGGAUGUAUGGGAGAGACCUACUUAGAUGGAAAACCCAUCGGACUGUGGAACUACAGAGAGAGGAAUGGAGACUGUAAAGGAUGCGUAGUCAGUCCUCAACCUGCCGACUCUGAAGCUGUGGUUCAGUUUGACGGUGAAGGUUACGCUGCCGUCAGUCGUCCAGUCAGAUGGAACCCCAACAGUUCCACGGUGACGUUCAAGUUCCGCACUUUCUCCACCAGCGCUGUGAUGAUGUAUCUUGCCACCAAAGACAUGAAGGACUUUAUGAGCAUCGAGCUGAGUGAGGGUCGUGUCAAGGUCAGCUAUGAUCUUGGUUCUGGUACUGGUUCCACCCUUAGCCAGAAACGACACAACAAUGGACGAUGGAAAUCACUCACCAUGACUCGCUCCAAAAAAGAAGCCUCUGUGAUCAUCAUUGACAUGGACACCAACGAAGAGGAGAAACUUUCCAUAAGUUCUCAGGGAGGAGCAACGGGUCUCAAUCUGAAGGAGGACGAGAGGAUCUACUUUGGUGGUUUACCAACCAUCGGAAACUACAGGCCCGAGGUGACCCUGAGGAGAUACGCCGGGUGUAUGAAGGACAUCGAAGUUUCCCGAACCCCAUACAACGUCCUAAGCAGCCCAGACUACACUGGACUAACCAAGGGCUGCAGCAUAGAGAACGUCCACACGGUCAGUUUCUCCAGGCCUGGGUUUAUGGAGUUGAACCCGACGACGUUUGAUGUCGGCUCGGAGAUCACGCUGUCCUUCAGCACCAAGAAUGAAAACGGCAUCAUCCUGUACGGCCGAGGCGGAGUGACCGCUUUGACGCACCUUUCCCAGAACCCAGGACGCAAACGCAGGCAGACCGGAGAGCCGUACGUUUCGGUGCAGUUGAAUAAAGGAGCUCUGGAGGUGCUUGUGUUUACCGGCAGUAGGAACCCUCGACGCACCAUCAGAAAACCUGAUGGGGGGAUUUUACACGAUGGACUCGAGCACUCACUGCGCCUCCGCCGACACUCAGGAGGCUCAUUCUCAGUGCAGUUGGAUGAAGAGGAGCGACUGGAGCAGGCAUUACCCAAUGAUCAGCCAAUCGUUAUUCAAAGGCUGUUUGUGGGUGGAGUCCCAGCUGACAUGGCAGGUGGUCUACAGAGACCUGGCCUACCGUUCGAGGGCUGCAUAUGGAACCUUCUGAUCAACACAAUCCCUAUGGACUUCUCCCAACCGGUGGCUUUCGAGAACGCUGAAAUUGGGCGUUGUCCCGAUGUAGCCCCACCCCCUCAUCUACCAUCUCCAGAGGAAGAGAAGGAAGUGACCCCGCCCAAAUUACCUAUUGAUGAAGUUAAACCACAACCACCACAACCACCUUCCACAGCCACACCUCCUGGUGACAUCAUCACCGUUCCUGCCUUGCCUGUCGAUGGCCAUCACACGGCGGUGUCCUGUGUGGCGGAGGCGGAGCCUGAAGUGCUGGAAUUAUCAAAGCAGUUCGGUCUCUCGAGGAACAGCCACAUGGCCUUCGAGUUUGAUGACAGGAAAGUGAAGAACAGCCUGAUCCUGGAGUUUGAGCUGAGGACGGAGGCUGAGUCAGGUUUGGUGUUUUACAUGGCCAGAAUAAACCAUGCAGACUUCGCCACAGUGCAGGUGAAAGAGGGAAUGGCUCACCUGAGCUACGACCUGGGCAGCGGGAACACGUCUGUCAGCGUCCCACGCAUCAUCAACGACGGACACUGGCACAAGAUUAAAGUGCGUAGGGAUAAACAGAGAGGUAUCCUGACGGUAGACGGCCGUUACAUCAAACACACCAUGAGCCCGAAGAAAGCCGACAUCCUGGACGUGGUGGGGAUGCUGUAUGUAGGAGGUCUUCCUCUAAACUAUACCACCAAGCGCAUAGGACCGGUGGUUUACAGCAUAAACGGCUGCAUCAGAAACUUCCGGAUGACAAACGGGCCACAGGACCUGGAGAAUCCGAGCUCUAGCUACCGCGUCGGCUCGUGUUUCACCAAAACGCAGAGCGGCUCCUACUUCAACGGAACAGGAUACGCUAAAGCAGUGAGCACCUACAGAGUCGGGAACGACGUGACGGUGGAGCUGGAGUUCCGCACCAGCAGCAGCACCGGAGUUCUGCUCGGAAUCAGCAGCCAAAUAAUGGACGGACUCGGCCUGGAACUCGUCAGUGGAAGGGUCCUCUUACAUGCUGAUAACGGAGUGGGGCGUGUCACCACCAUCUCCCAGGGGGCGGAGCUUUGUGAUGGACAGUGGCAUUCCGUCACCGCCCACAAACUGAAGCACCGCCUGGAGCUGAUCGUAGAUGGCAAAAAAUCUGAGGCAGCCAGUCCGGACGCUAACUCUGCCUCCGCCGACACCAAUGACCCUGUCUAUGUGGGCGGAUACCCUGAGGGCCUGAAGCAGUUUGGUUUGACCAUCAACACUCCGUUUAAAGGCUGCAUGAGGAACAUAAAGCUCAUUAAAGCAGGAAAAGUUCUGGAGGUUCAGCUCAACAAAGCACUGGAGGUCAAAGGGGUCCAGCCUCUCACCUGUCCUGCUGCUUAGACACAUACACACACACACACACACACUCAUCUAUACACUUGCCAUCAGAAAGUGAUUCACUUGACCUCCAUGUUCAUGUGAUGUUAUAAUCAACACGCAGCUCAUAGACGGCUUAAGUGGCUAAAAGUUUAUGUCUGAGUUUCUUCAGCGAGGUUUGUGUAGCUUUAGACACAAAUUUGUUACGUUACUUUAGCAACAUUUCAGGAGAUUUGUACUUUUACCUGAAUAUAAAUAAAAACGACCGUGUGCUUAAA